AUGGGCCGUACUGGGCGCAAACGCGGCAAACACCACCGUCCUCAACCGUUGGAUCACGAAGAAAACGCAAUUAACUUGAGAAAAUUCAUGGCACGCAACGGUUUUAACGACCCAAUUAACUUAAAACUGCGCAAUUUUCCCGACACCGGUCGAGGGGUAGCAACCCCCAGGAAUCUCAAAGAAAGCGAUGUUUUAAUCACAGUGCCGUACGAAUUAAUGAUAAGCUACACCACCCUCCAAAAAUCGAAUUUCUUGCAUUUGUUCACCCCCGAAAGUCGACUAUCAAUCGUCGACUUAUUGACCGCAUUUCUAGUGAUCGAAAGGGACAAAGAAAAUUCGUUUUGGAGGGACUACAUAAAAUCCUUGCCCCCGCAACCACCUUGGAUUCCCGCACUUUUGUCACAGGAUCGUGUUGAAUUACUUCCGGCUGAUUUAAGAUUAGCCGCGAAGAAGUCACGAAGACUCCUCGAGGAAAGCUGGUCGAGGCUAAGAAAAUCAAUAAGGAGGGAGGCAAGUUGCGUGAUUGACUUGCAUUCGUUUAUUUGGGGGUACGUUUUGGUCAAUACUAGGGCUGUUUACGUCAAUCCUCGAAUUGUUCGCGAAUUAUGCGAUUGCGGGAGCGAUAUUCUAUCAGAUGAGCCUUGCAUGGCCUUGUGCCCCUUUCUGGAUAUGUUUAAUCACAGCCAUGAGGCGAAGACCGAAGCCACGUUGAUGAAUGACCAAGGGAAGUUUGUCUACCAGUUAACUACUUUAGUCGGGACGAGGAAACACGAACAAGUCUUUAUUUCUUACGGGGACCACGAUAACGUCAAGCUUUUGAUAGAGUACGGGUUUUUUAUUCCCGGGAACUCGAACGAUUCCAUACCGAUUCAAAGUGAGGAAGUUUUCAGGGUUUUGGAACCGAAUUUGAACGAUUUUCAGUAUAAGUUUAUCCGUAGUCAUAACUUAGACAAGUGUUUGUACCUGACCGAAGCAGGGGCAUCAUUUAAUUUGAAAGCAUUUCUCUUCGUUGCUUUUGGUACUAUUGGCACGAAAAAUUUAACUUCGGUUAUUUAUAAUGACGAUUACCCCGAAGAAUUUACAUGUGAUUUGGUCCAGUUGUGCCUGAAAUUGCUACGGUUCCAGUUAAGGCAAGUCGAGACAAUUUUGCAAAAUUCGGACUUGGACCCUCAUAUUGUUGAUUUUUUGGGGUAUCGAAAAUCGCUGAUAGAAAAACUCUGUGAUAUAGUAAAUAAACAAUAGAUUUAUUGAUUUCCAACAUGUACAAUAAUAUUUAUACAAUAAAAAUAAAACAAUAAGUGUAUAA